CUGGAGGGUGGCCUGAGAGCCCAUUCCCCGGGACCCUCAGAGCGGCCGGGGUGGCUUGGUGGGCGCUGGUGCUUUUGGGACCGGGGACGCGCGCCGACGCGGUCCAUGAUCCCGGGGACCGGGGCAGGGAGGACACGCCGGGUCUGCUGCUGCCCGGAUGCGGGAGUAGGGUCACGAAUGGCUUGAGCACCGAGAGUGGCCCACGUGGGCCGCCGGUGGUCUGGAGACUGGGACGAGCGCGCGGAAAGUUUGGAGGCUCCGCCGGGAGGGUGACGCCCGCCGGGGAGCGCGGCCUCCACGUGGGUUGUGCCUCUGGCGUCAGGUCGGGCCUAAGAGACAGGCUUUACUGCUGGGAGCCCUGCAGCCAGGGCUACGGGGCGGGGGCGUCGCGGCUGUCUGGUCCCAGCCUGACUUUAAAAUUACAGACCCCUCUGCCACUUCACUCAGCAAGUGUUACUAGUUCGGCAGCCCGACAGUGGGUUGUCCAACAGGUUCGUGAGGCCGGCUUGCUCACUGCGUGUUCAGGAAGCAGGGGCCUGGGAGUCCACUGAUGAGCUGUAAAUUCGGCGCCAGGCCAUUGAUUUCCCUGGACUCACGUUUAAAUGGAGGAGCCUGACUUAUCCAGCCUCUGCCACCAUCGCGUGGAUAGUUUUUGCCUCUCUGGCCUCAUCCUUCGUAACAUCGUGCUUACUACAAGACACGGAGGUGCACCUCGUCACUGCUUUGUCUUGAAGACAGAACGAUGCCGAAGAAAGCAAAGCCCACAGGGAAUGGGAAGGAAGAGGGGUCUGUUCCCUGCAAGCAGGGAAUUCUGGGAGAAGAAGCCCCUUCUCAUUCAGAGAGAUGACCCUGCAGUGGCUACAUAUUACCGGUCCCUGUUCAGGCUGUCAGAUCUGAAGAGUCUUUGCAGCCGGGGUAUGUACUAUGGAAGAGACAUAAAUGUCUGCCGGUGUGUCAAUGGGAAGAAGAAGGUUUUAAAUAAAGAUGGCAAAGUGCACUUUCUUCAACUGAGAAAAGAUUUUGAUCAGAAAAGGGCAACAAUUCAGUUUCACCAACCUCAGAGAUUUAAGUUUCUCGUUGUCUGUGCUGGUCUGCACCAGGAUGGAAGAUUCUCCAGGGCACAGGCGUUGGCUCUUUCACUGCUGAAUUCUUGGGAUGAGCUUUGGAGGAUCCAGGAGAAGCUAGAAUGCUACUUUGGCUCCUUGGUUGGCUCGAAUGUAUACAUAACCCCUGCAGGAUCCCAGGGCCUCCCACCCCAUUAUGAUGAUGUCGAGGUUUUCAUCCUGCAGCUGGAGGGGGAGAAACACUGGUGCCUUUACCACCCCACUGUGCCCCUGGCACGAGAGUACAGUGUGGAGGCCGAGGACAGGAUUGGGAGGCCGACACAUGAGUUCACGUUGAAGCCGGGUGAUUUCCUGUACUUCCCCAGAGGGACCAUUCAUCAAGCGGACACUCCUCCAGGUCUGGCCCACUCUACUCACGUGACCAUCAGCACCUACCAGAACAAUUCAUGGGGAGAUUUCCUUUUGGACACCAUGUCGGGGCUUGUGUUUGACACCGCAAAGGAAGAUCUGGAGUUCCGGGCUGGCAUACCCCGGCAGCUGCUCCUGCAGGUGGAAGCCACAGCUGUUGCAACAAGAUUAAGUGGCUUUCUGAGGACCCUUGCAGACCGCCUGGAGGGCACCAAAGAGCUGCUUUCAGCAGACAUGAAGAAGGAUUUUGUUAUGAACAGACUUCCCCCUUACCAUAUGGGAGACGGAUCAGAGUUUUCAACGCCAGGUGGACAGUUACCAAAGUUGGACAGCACAGUGAGACUGCAGUUUAAAGACCACACCAUCCUCACAGUAGGGCUGCAUCAGGAUCAGUGUGACGAAACUCAGGAAAAGAUGAUUUACAUCUAUCAUUCCUUAAAGAACAGGAGAGAGACACACAUGAUGGGAAAUGAGGAAACAGAGUCUCAUGGACUUCGCUUUCCUUUAUCACAUAUGGAUGCACUGAAGCAAAUUUGGGGCCAUCCAGCUGUUUCUGUCAAGAACCUGAAACUUCCUACAGAUGAGGAAAAGGAAAAUCUGGUGUUAUCCCUCUGGACAGAAUGCUUAAUCCAGGUAGUCUAGUGCCUUUCCAGAAUUGAGAAUGGACCAUCUGUUACAUACAUAUGAGAAGAGGAGGAACAAACAUUUAUGUGCUAGGCAGCUUCUGUUGCUUUCAGUCAGCAGCUUGGGAAUGGUUCUACAACUGUCCUUACCUAACAACGUGAGCCCUCCCUGUUUCAGGAAGUUGGUUGGCCAUGUGUAUUACAGAGGCACAUGGAGGAAAGAAUGGCAGAUGAAGUAUAUGUCUCAGAAAGUAACAAAACCGUACUUUUGACAAACUUCUUUAAUCCAGUGUGGUAGAAAAGGUACAACUCCAAUAAAUGUAUCACUGAAAUUUGAA